AUGAACGAACCCGAGACGGCCGUGGCGGCCUACGCAGCCCUCACCCAGACGGAGUGCGCGGCCGAGCCGGGGAAGCGAGCGCUGGCCAAGAUGUGGACCAUUGUCGCAGAGCCGGACCACUGGGCAAUCGCGCAAAAGGCCCUCGCCCACGCGCAGGGCUUCCCGAUGGCCCAGAAAGCCAGCGGCCCGGUCGUGUACACCAACAGCCCCCACCGGAACAAGUGUGCGACCAUGCUCAUGGCGAUCGCGGGAAAGGCUUGGCAAGCAGCGUUCCCGAGCAGAACGGCCGAGAACGCUUUCAGCGAGUUCGACUGCCGCGCGACGGCGUUCAUCGCACGGAAGGCGCGGACGGACGCCGGGCUACUGAAGGGCCCACAAGACGACGACAUUGAGGCGUUUGUACCGAGUCCAGCGACCGUGGCGAUGAUGACGACGGCCGACCAGUACAAGACGUGGAUGUGCGCAGCCGAAGCCCUGCGCAUGCUCGAACGGAUGCAACUGAAGGAGCACGAGCGCAAGACCGAACCGCCGACGCCGCUGUCAGUUCCCGAGCCGCCGACGCCGCAGCCGAUGCCCGCGCCCAAGGAAGCCGCGCCACCGACGCCACCCGAGACGGCUGACCAUGACCCGACAAGCACCAAGUUCAGCCUUGCAGCCUUUCGCCUCUCGAAGGUGCCGACGUUUGUACACAACGAAGUCGACGAGCUCGCUCCUGCCGUGCACGUCCAGAACGUCGAAGGGAAGGCCCUCCUCUUUGGUGACGGCUCCGUAGCCCUGCGCGUGGCGAUGUUCAUCGACGGGCUCGGCGCGAAGGAGCGUAUGUGGGCGUUCCACCUCAUGAACAGCAAGAAGUUUGUCCCAGCGACGAUGACCGAGAAGAACUGGGAUACGCUCGUCGACGCGUUUUUCACCGAGUACAUCGGUGAGAAACCGUACCGCGAGUCCAUGUACAAGAAGGUCGUGCAAGAGGACGGCGGCACUGCCAUGCGGGCGGUGCUGUGGGCCAUUACGGUCAGAGCUCGGGGUUGCGCCACUUGCCAUGGCUUGGGCACAUGUCGGACUUUUCUUGCACGGCAGGCCGCGACGAGUUUGAGCCCCGGAAGCAACGGCAGCGCACAACGACGCUGCGAAGAAAGAAUGACCCCUCCUCCUCCGUGCCUUGUCCGAGCCCGGGCAACUCCCACUUCUCCGACGGCCCCCAACGACCGCCGUGGGUAA